AUGGUCGACAUUAUUAAAUUUUUACCGUCCGUACCAACAGAAAUUCCUUCAAAUAUUGGUCGAAUACAAAAGAGAUUAACUUCUGAACAAAUCACUUUACCAAUAUUGUUGUCAACUGUUAAUAAUAAUCAUCAACAUGAUCGUACAACUGCUAUUAAUCACACGAAACGAUGGAUUGGACGAUGUCCUCGUGAUCCACUUCGUUAUAUUAAUAUAUCUGAUGGAUUACAUAGUAUGGAUCCAAAAGUUAUUGAUCAUGAAAUGGCUCGAUACUAUCCAGGAACAACUAUUGACAUGUCUGCAUCGAUUAAAAUCAAGCAACAACAACAACAAAGAAAUCGUAACAGAGAACCGUUAAAAGUAAUAAUAGGAACCGGAACAGCUGUUACAUCGGCAUCAAUCUUACCAAAUGUUGAUGACCGAAGUUCUCGUUUAUUUGAUACACUAUCAAAACAUGUUACAAUUAAACCAGAACCAAUUCGAACAACAAAUGAUUUUGUAAACAGUACUACUUAUACAUUAUCUUCAUGGAAAAAAUAUUGGGGAUUAACAUUUGCACAAAGACGACGACGAGAUAGUAAUGAUUCUGAAUAUGUUUUAUAUGAUUCUAACAGUAAUCAAGCUCUUUUAGCUACACAAGAAUUUGUUACUGUUCGUAAUCCAUUAUCUUAUACAAAUAGUGAACAUAAUAGUAAGAGUAGUGCAUCAUCAAAUCGAUCACAUAGUUCUUUUCCAACUAAUAUUUCUUCACCAACAAUAUCUGAUAAACAAACAUCAUUUAUAAGAGAAGAAAGUCAUCUCUUUUUACCUCAAAUUAUUUCAUCAAAUGAAAGAAUGCCUUCAAUGAAUGAAUUAAAAUUAAUCAGAGAAAAAUUUUUACCACCUAUAAAAAGUAAAAAUACAGUUAUUAAUGAUGAUAAUAAACUUGCACAUGAAAUCAAUACAAUAGCAACAAAAGUUUAUAGACUUCCGUUACCUUCAUAUAAACCAAAAAUUAAUAAAUCAAUAUUAAAACAAGAAUUAUUAAAACCAUUAGAAAAAAAACCAGCUAUAACUACAUUUGUAGAAAGAAAAGAAACAACACCUUUACCAAACACAUCUAUUUCCAAACGGAGACGUCAAAAAAUAACAGAUCGAAAAUCAUCUACUAAAUCACAUCAAACCCCAACAAAUAAACAACAAUUUAUAUCAACAGUAAUGCCAACAACGCUAAAUUCAAAAUAUGAACGAAAAAAAUGGGAUGAACCAUAUGUGGGUGUUCGAUAUGAUCCACCAACACCACCAUGUUCGCCAUUAUCAGUUGUUUGUCCUCAAGAUAAUGAUCAAGAUGGAAAUAAUAUAUGCGUUGAAAAAAAAUUCUACAAAUCAAGUUGA